CAUUGGCAUGCUGGAUUAUACUAUACGCCCACAGCCUCUACAUUGACAGAACGGUCGUGUCUGGCAGUUGUAUUUCAGUGAAGGGGAACUGAAGUUUCACAGAGAGAGGAUAACUUGAAUCCGGCGCGAACGCUUGUGCUCGGCGGGCGAGAUAUUUGACUAUUAAAAAAGAUACCGUUAGGUCAACGUGGAAUAACGUUAGAGCAACCAAGCCAGUUCAGUUGCGCAGUUAAGCUAUAUUCUCCCCUUUCCAGCCAACGUCUGAACGCCAAAUCAAACUUUUCGAACUUUCGAAGUUCUGGCGAUAGGCUAUACAUUGUAACUUAGUUGUAACAUUGUACCAUAGUGUGUUAGAUACUAUUAACUGGGUUUAAAAGUUAGUCCGAGUUUACAGUCUUGCCAUCCUAAUCAUGAGGCGAAAAUCUUGUUGCAUCUAUGCAACUGGAAUUAUCGCAACACAUUUGUUAAUAGUCGGCAUUGCUCUGAUGAUCGCAGAUGUGUUUCCAGGAUUAAUUGUCAAGAAACUGAAGGCGGAGAUCACCCUUACUGAAGGCAGCAAGGUGUUUGACAGCUGGAAGAAUCCUCCACCCCCAGUUUUCAUGGAGUUCUUUUUCUUCAAUGUUACAAACCCGAAAGAAUAUCUUUCUGGACAGGCCAAGCCACGUGUUGCUGAGGUUGGACCAUAUACCUACAGGGAGUAUAGACCCAAAGACAAUGUCACGUUUGUGGAGAAUGGGACCAAGGUGGCAGCCUAUACCCCCAAAACCUUUGUGUUCUUGCGUGAGAAAUCAGUGGGGGACCCUGGUGUUGAUACCAUUACAACUGUCAAUGUGCCGGCUUUGGCUGUGAUGAACCAAAUGCAGGGUAGUUUCUUCAGGGCCCCAGUGGCCAAAGCUUGGAUGAAGAUGCUUAAUAUUACUGGAAUACUUACAGCACGCACUGUCAGCGAGCUUUUGUGGGGUUAUGAAGACCCCCUUCUGAUGAAGGCCGCUGCCUUAAAGAAAGGACUAACGACGAACUUCGGCUUCAUGCUAGAUAAAAAUGGGACCCAUGAUGGAGAGUUGGUGUACUUCACUGGAGAGAAGGACUACCUGGACUAUGGUCGUGUAGACACAUGGAAAGGUCAAAGGGAGCUGACCUAUUGGGGAUCAAACUACAGCAACCUGAUCCGGGGCUCAGAUGGUAGUGCCUUCCACCCCUACCUGACCAAGGAGGAAACCCUUCACAUUUUCACCCCAGACCUGUGCAGGUCCAUCUACAUGAACUUUGACAAGGAAGUGGAUGUGAAGGGGAUCCCGGCGUACCGCUUCACCCCUCCCCGCUCUGUGCUGGCCAGUGCCAAAGAGAACCCUGACAACGCAGGCUUCUGCCUGAACCCCAAGAAGUGUUUGGGCUCUGGGGUGCUCAAGGUGGAUGUGUGCAAGAAAGAUGUGCCAAUAGUGGCGUCAUUCCCCCAUUUCUACCUGGGGGAUGAGGAGUACCCCAAUGCUGUUGAUGGUAUCUCACCUGUGAAGGAGCACCACCAGACCUAUGUGGACCUCAACCCGACAACUGGAAUCAUGGUUCGCGCAAGCAAGAGGGCACAAUUUAACAUCCUGGUGGAGUAUCUGAGUAGUUUCCCUAUGACCAAACUCAACACAACAGUCUUCCCGCUGUUUUUCCUCAAUGAGACUGUGGUGGUUGAUGACGCCUCAGCAGCUAGGCUGCAUAGGCUGUUACUGAUUGCCAAAAUUGGAUCCAACUUCCCUGUCUUCAUCAUUGGCCUUGGUGCGCUGCUGGUCAUCAUCCUCCUCAUCCUCGUCAUUCGUCUCCACAUGAAGAAGACGACUUCUAAGGAGGACACAAUCUAUUCGCCUGUGAAUGACAAAACGGAGGACUAUGACAACUCGAAAAAUGGCAACUAUGUUGGCCUGACCCCUGUAAAAGCAGAGCGUGCUUGAACAAUAUUCCAAAGAUGAGUGGUGCCAAAUAGUAUGUUUGAUCAUUUUUGCUGUUCCAUUCUUUAUAUGUUAAAUAUAUGUAAAUAUGUUUUCUCCUUUUAAAAAGUUUUGAGAAGUUAGGCUCGGCGUUGAAUGUUUGCUGUGCGAAAUUAUGCUUUAUAUGUUUAAAGUUCCAUUCAUUUUGACCUAUGCUAUUUCAGAAACAACAGAAAAAAUGGGAUCUUAAUGGCAUGGAAUCUUUAAGCCGUUAGCUGUGUUUACCUGGACACUUCUAUUCCGAUUAGAAUUAUUAGAAACGGAAUAACAGCUCAAUCAUAAUAAAAAUCGUCAUAUAAACACCUCAAUCGGAAUGCAAAUUCCUGAUCCGAUCAGAAUUUUAAUCGAAUGGAAGAGGUGGUGUAGUCCGUUCCUAUUCCCAUGAACACCCAUGUAUACGGUCCAUUCGGAUUGACUGCUAUAUCCCAAUGAAAAGUAGCCAACAAGAGCUAUUCCGAUCACAGAUUUUAAAGCGCUUGAAAGCACCUGAUUGGAAUAGAAUGUACCCCAUGUAAACAGACGGCAUAGUUUAAUCGGAAUGACAAAAAAAUAACUGUCCAUGUAAACUUGCCUAUUGUGUUCCCUGCAUACUUUAGAAGAUUGUUGUUAUCCAUGGUUGUGUUUUGUAAAAACAGCAGUGUUGAUGUUGAUGUAGUAUAUAUAUUUUUAUCUUGCAUUAUUUCCUUUUUUUGCAAGAUGUGAAAAUGAUUCAGACUGAAUAUGAUUGCCAUGAAAUAGUGUUUUUAAGGAGGUUUUUGAAUUUAUGUAGAGAUGACUGCCAGUGUUUAAGCAGUCCUGUAUUCUCCAUCUAUCUGUGGCCGUAACUCAUGUCAUUAUCAAGUAUCAAACAGCAUGAUUACAGUCUUUAAUGAUUGUAUUAAGUACACUGUCCUUUAGCAGACAGAAACAAAUCUGCAGGCUUCUGCAGGAUUACUUGCAGGACGCUUUAGAUGGGUAACUGUGCCUUCCUGUUUUGUGAAUGAAUGAAUGAAUGAAAGUGUAUUGGCCUCAUUCAGCUAGCAGCUUAAUUAGAGAGCUUGUCUUAAUGAUGUUUUCUGAAAACACUGGUAACCUUAUACAAGCUGUUCUGUCCUGUUUCAUUUUAAACCAGUUCUCUCUUUUGUUGGUCUCAACCAAGUAAAGAGAAGGACUAGACGAAUGCAUUUAAUUUCUUUAGCCAUGACCUUGGUAGAAUUCUGCUGGUGUGUUUAUCUGGCAACUUCUAUUGACAUGGUUAGAAUGUUGAGUUAUUAUUACCCCCUCCCAGGAGGUUAUGUUUUCAUUGGAGUUUGUUUGUUUGUUCGUUUGUCUGUCUGUCUGUCUGUCUGUCUGUCUGUCUGUCUGUCUGUCUGUCUGUCUGUCUGUCUGUCUGUCUGUCUGUCUGUCUGUCUGUUCGUUCACCAGAUCACCGUCUGGAUCCAGGAGGUGGUUCUGUUUUCGUUUGGUUGAGGUCUGUGCUCUCGGAGUGCUUUUUUAGUCAGAUUUGUUUUGUUCCUCGUCAGCUUUCCCCUUUUUUCUCGUAUGAUGACCCUCCACCAUAGAGGCCAAAUUGUUGCAUUGUUUUGGAAAAAAGAAGAAAAAAAACAUAGAAUAGAUUGUGUCAAAAUCCAUAGCAAGCCUCACUUGUAAAAUUCAGUUUGACUGAUCUUUAUCCUUUUUUAUGGAUACUGUAUGUUGUAUAAUUUGAUUCUUUGACCUUAGGUUGUACAUCUGAUGGUGUGAGUUCAGAAUAUGUCUCAGGUCAUUGUACAUUCUGUAAAAAUAUGUUUGUUGUUUGAUGUGAUUACGUUUUAAAUUCAUAUGCUGUUCCGUUUGGUUAAUCUAUUUGCUAUGAGUGGUUUGGUUGCAAUUUUCUCUGCCUCCUUUUGAUAAUAGCACCAUUCAAUCACUAUAUUGAUAUUGCUUAGUGUCAGCCAAUGCUUACAAAGUACAGAAACCAGCUGAGUGAAUACACAGUGCACCGUCCUCCUUGUUACAUUUUACAAUGAAGUUGAAGUGUCGUCAAGAAUCUCCUGUUUGUGUAUCUUGACUUUAGAUUUAGUUUUUUUCAGUGUUAUAAUGUGUGCUCGAGUUGAGUGUGAAGAAGAUGGGUCAGGCUUUGGUAUAUGCAUGGAUAAUCUCAGGUCCAUAGGCGCCUUUUGUGUCUCAGUGUGCUGUACACAUAGUUACAAAUGUGGCGCACCACAGGUCACUGUGUUGUAGCUCUUGGUAGCUACUGUAGUAUCCCAAGCAAUGUCUGUAAUCUUAGGCCAUUACAAAAAGACAAGUUCAUCUACAUCUUGCUCCAAAGUGCUAUUAUAGUAUUGAGGCUAGAGAAUUGAUAUAAUUUCUACAUUCUCACAUAGCCCAUCUAAGGAUAUAAAAUGUUCUAUUAUGAGAGAUGACACUUAUAUGCUUCAUGUGCCAUAAUGGCUGAGUCAGUUAUGGAUGGUCUUCCUAUAUCCCAAGGUAAUUCUUCCAUGCUCAGUCCAUAAAUGUGAACCCCUUCCUGUUAGAGAUGAGAACUAUUAGAGUAGCCCAACUAGUCCUCAAAAAUAUUUUACACAUAAGUUACCUCCCCCUUAAGUACCACACCUUUAGAACCUUAUUUCAGUGUCAAUUCAGUGUCAACACUCAUCUGCUACAAAAAAGAGUUCAUGACUUUUUUGUUUCCUUUAUACAUUUAUAUUGUAAUGUCAUUUAAUGACAUUAUUGUUGGCCGUCACUUCUAUUAGACACUAUUCAUUAUACUGCAUAAAUGUUCAAUACUUUUGCACUAACAACAAUCUGUAUUUUACAAUAAACUAAGUUUGACUUGU